AUGUUGAGGGGUGCUCAAAAUGAAAAUCAACUUCUAAAACUGCAGCUGAAAAAAUGCCAAGAUGAGAACCUGGAUAUAUUGCAAACCACUCUUGUAAGGGAUCUUACUCAUCAUGAAGUUUCACCAAAGACUGAAACCCCUCUCAAUCAAGCAGAAAUUGCCAGAUAUUCUCGACAGCUGAUUUUACCCGAGUUUGGGCCACGAGGACAAAGGAAAUUGAUUGCAGCUUCAGUUUUAAUUGUUGGUUGUGGUGGCUUAGGUUGCCCUUCUGCAAUUUACUUGGCAGCUGCUGGGGUUGGACGCCUUGGAUUGAUCGACUAUGAUGUGGUCGAACUCAAUAACCUUCACAGACAGAUUUUACAUACGGAGAAGAGAGUAGGGAUUUCCAAAGCUGUGUCUGUAGCCAGUACAGUGAAGGCAUUAAACAGUCAUGUAGAGGUUAUUCCCUAUGAAGUAGCUCUUACAAGUGAUGUUGCUCUACAAGUGAUAAGUAACUAUGAUCUUGUUUUGGAUUGUACGGAUAAUGUUGCCACCCGCUACUUACUGAAUGAUGCUUGUGUUAUGGCAAAUAAAACCUUAGUUUCUGGGUCAGCUCUGCGGUAUGAAGGUCAGCUGACUGUGUAUCACUAUCAAGGGGGCCCUUGCUACCGCUGCAUCCACCCAAAGCCCCCUCCACCAGAAACUGUAGCUAAUUGCUCUGAUGGAGGAGUUUUGGGGGUUGUGCCAGGGUUGAUAGGUUGUAUGCAAGCUCUGGAAGCCAUCAAAAUAAUCAGUGGGUUAGGAUCUCCCUUGUCUCAGAAACUGCUCCUUUUUGAUGGUUUACAAGGAAGUUUCCGCACUGUCAGACUGAGAGGAAAUAAAGAUUCAUGUGAGGUUUGUGGAGAAACUCCUAGCAUAGUCAAACUGAUCGAUUAUGAGCAGUUUUGUGGGGCACCGGCAACUGACAAGAGCAGAAAUACAACACUACUAGAAAAAGACAAGAGAGUGACUGUUGAAGAAUAUAAAGCCAUUGUAGAUGCCAAGUCUCCCUACGUACUUAUUGAUGUGCGACUUCCAGUGGAAUUAGAGAUAUGUUCCCUUCCUAAUUGCAUGAACAUUCCCUUAACAAAUAUUUGCAAGGCAGAGAGUACUGCCGCCAUCAAAGAGACACUGUCAAGCUUAGGAACAAAGAAAGUGUACUGUGUUUGUCGCAGAGGAAAUGACUCUCAGCUCGCAGUUCAGCAGCUCCAGUCAGCACUCAAUCACAAUGAUUAUCAGAUUAAAGACAUAAUUGGGGGACUGACAGCAUGGGCACACACAAUAGACUCAACUUUCCCAGUAUACUGACAAUACAAAAUGUGUAAGAUUAAAGUUUAAACCCCCAAAAUGGAACUAUUUGUACAUUGAUGUUGUAAAUAUUGGGUUCUCUAGGGCUUAAGAACUCAGCUUUUAUAUGAUUGACAAUAAAGGUUCACAAAACACGCUUUUUAGUGUGAUAUUGAAUCUUAUCAAGACACAUCUUUGGGUUAGUGAUUUUUACACUUAUGUCAGAUUAAUAAUAAUUGUUUAAUUUACACCAGUGUUAAAUGUACAUUUCAUCAUGUAUACUGUACAUAUACAGUAAUUAAAAUUUUAGAUAUGGAGACAACUUAAUGAUACUUUACAAAUGAGACAUUGCAGUUAAUCACAUUUAUCUUACAGUACCUAUUUUACUUACAGUAAUUAAUUUUGUUUGUGUUUUUGUAUUUGCACAAACUAUUAUGACUACAGUAGUGUUCACAGGGCUCAUCAUGUAAACAUUCCACAACUCAUUACAUUGAGAUAUUUGUUUUAA